AUAUCAGAAAACAUGAAAUGUAUAGAGAAGUUAAAAGAUGUUAUUUCCAUGAAUGCUUCAGAAUUUUCAGAGGUUCAGAUUGCACUUAAUGAAGCUAAACUUAGUGAAGAGAAAGUGAAGUCUGAAUGCCAUCGGGUUCAAGAAGAAAAUGCUAGGCUUAAGAAGAAAAAAGAGCAGUUGCAGCAGGAAAUUGAAGACUGGAGUAAAUUACAUGCCGAGCUCAGUGAGCAAAUCAAAUCAUUUGAGAAGCCUCAGAAAGAUUUGGAAGUAGCUCUCACUCACAAGGAUGACAAUAUUAAU